UCAUACGUGAAGCCGGGGGCGCUAGAGUUAGAAAUUCUCAAUAUUAGACUCAGAAGAAGAAGACGUCAGAGAUCAGCUGUCAGACAGACCUGUAUAUGAACAGUUACGUGCAUAUCGGAGAUCGCUGUUUGUCCAAAGACAGGCAAAUAAAGAUGUUUUGAAACAUGCAGACAAUAAACACGAUUAAGAUAACAUUUGGUUUAUCUGUGUUUUUCACACCAUGUCUGGUAUUUUCAUAGCAGUACUGUAUAUUAUAAUCAUAUGCUAAGUGAGCAUAGUUUACAGUAUAAAUAGCAUAAAAUAGUUUAUUUUCUGUCUCAUUUCCAAAGCCACAUCAGAUCACACGUUUAUUUAAAGCACUAGACUUUUGAUGUUAUAAAGUGAGUUUUAUUAUAAAUCCCUUUACUGCUGUCAUCCCUCUUCUCUUUUCUCCUACAGGCUAGCAUGUCACUACAGUUUCCGGCAACAAGAGAAGUUGGUUGUCAAACAGAUCACCCAGAGAUUCUGAAACGUACUGUUGGUACACAGCUAUCUCUGCGGACUCUUCAGCCUCACUUCAGAAGUGAAGGUAUCCAGGCUACUGUGUCAAGCAAAGACUGUAGUGUUGACACGUCCACUGUUCCCCUCACUGCCCCGCCGCCUUUUUUAAUGUCAACACCUAUAAAGGGACCUCAUCUGGAGGAGGUGGAGAAGGAGGGAGAACUAGAUCUUGAGGGCAGCACUUCAGUAGUGGCUUCUCAAGGGCUGGAUGCCACUUAUGAUCCAGCUGACUCUGUCACCACUUUGACUGCGUCAACAGACAUUUCAGAUAUGGCAUCUACUCCAAUCCAUGAAGUGAGAAAAUAUAUAGUUUAUGAGACCUGCAUCAUGGAGCUGUUCAAGGUGUGUCCUGUGUGCAAGCAUCCAUGCACCAUUCAAACGAGACAGCUCGGGACAUUCAUCUCCGUGGUGCAGCAGUGCCCCCAUUGUGAGUACCGCCGAACUUGGGACAGCCAACCCCUACUCAACAACACUACUCCAGCCGGCAAUGUUCAGCUCUCUGUGGCAGUCUAUGUGAGUGGAGCCUCAUUUUUCAAAAUUCAAAGGGUCUUUAGGGCUAUGCACCUACAAGUGUUCCUUUACGACACCUUUCGUCGGCAUGCGCGCACCUAUAUUGAACCGGCCAUUGUCACCAAAUGGAAGGGCUUUCAGGAUGACAUGCUGCUCCGCCUCAGUAGGGAAAAUGCCAUAAUUGGUGGGGACAUGAGGGCUGACUCUCCAGGGCACUCCGCGAAAUUUGGUAGCUACACGGUGAUGGACCUGAAAACCAACACUGUGAUUGAUGUUCAGUUGGUCCAGAGCAACGAGGUAGGCGGUAGCUACCACAUGGAUAUGGAGGGCCUGAAGAGAAGCCUUGCAUUGUUGAAGGAGCGCAAGGUGACCCUUGACUGUAUAGUGACAGACUGACACCUGCAGAUCCAAAAGUUCCUGAGGGAAGCUGGCAUCAAUCAGUACUAUGACGUCUGGCACGUGGAAAAAGGAAUUUCAAAACGGCUGGAGAAGAUCAGCAAAAGAAAAGACUGCCAGAAGCUGAAAAAGUGGAUGCGGGCCAUAAGGAAUCACAUAUACUGGACUGCGGCAACAUCUGCGUCAGGACCAGAGAGGGUGGCAAAAUUUACCUCCAUCCUUAACCAUGUCCGUGACGUCCACAUCCACGAGGACUCCAAUUUCCCAGCCUGUCUGCAUCCAGUUCGCAAAACCCGCGACAAGAACAAAUGGCUGACAGCAGUUAUCUUUUAAAACGUAUAGGAAAUUACAACAGAUUGUACAAGUCCUUUAUACUGUAGUUGGCAAUCAGAACUAAUGUAUUGAAAUAGUCAAUCAUAUGGAUUCAACCAGUGGUGUAGUGGUGCCUGGAGAAGUGGGUAUACUCUUAAUUUUGCCCCCAACUUUUUUAAAGCGUCCUAGCAAUCGAUAAAAGCCCUUUGUUAUAAGCCGCAUGUUAAAUACUCUAGCAAGUAGAUCACCACAAAAUGGGCUAGUAGUAUUUUAACAUUGUCACUUAAUUUCUAAUGCUUGAAUUCUUAGAGUAUAAGGAUCAUUAUGACAUUAAAGCCACAAAGAGGUGCAAUUUUAUAGAAAAUAGGCCUACUGGUUUACAGACUAUAGGAAUAUACAACUAAUUAUGAAUUGGGAGUACACAUUUUUUUUAGUCUGUUCAAACAUUAAAAUUAGACAACUAUUAUCUCACCUUGCA